UCUGUUAGGGUGGUGUGUAGUAUAUAUACUGAGGCACGAGUGAAUGUGAAGAGACCCAACAAAGAUUAUACAAUCGCGAGAGGCUUCUCUGUCUAGUUGUGAAACAGAAGAAAGAAUCAAUCUUUCGUCAAUGGAGCCUGACGUGGUGGAGAUCGCUCCUCCUCUGUUCCCUUCUGGUUCGAGAACUCGUAAACCUAGAAAGGCUGGAAUUCCUGAAGUGAUCGAUGUGGAACACUAUGAGUUUCGCAAUGGUGGUCUUGUUAGUAAUAACAACAAUGCUAACCUUGUCGAUAAGAAGAACAAAGGGAAGUCUAUACAAGACGGCUCCUUUUAUGAUCAUUUGGCUGAUGAAGAAGUGGUGAUGUCUACUACUCACCCUUGGGGGUUUCCGAGUUCUAGCAGCAAGAGAUCAAGAAGAAGCAGUUCUAGACCUUUUAAUCGUGACGCUUCCGCUAGCUCUUCUCGUCCUAGAGCUGCUGUGGAGGUUGUUGUUUCUUCAGCCCAGGCUAACUUUCUGCGGGACUUUAAAAGAUUUGACACUGUUGAUAAUUUCUCACAACAUCACUAUGCUUCUCAGGGGAACGCUUCAAAGCAGCACUCAAGGACUUGGGUGAAAAAGGUUCAAGCAGACUGGAAGAUUCUUGAGAAUGAUUUGCCAGAGGCAAUAUCUGUGAGAGCCUGUGAAUCAAGAAUGGAUCUUAUGAGAGCUGUAAUUGUUGGAGCAGAGGGGACUCCUUACCAUGACGGUGUUUUCUUUUUCGACAUUCACUUCCCUGACACCUAUCCUUCAGUGCCACCAAUGGUUCAUUACCAUUCUGGUGGGCUUAGAAUCAACCCAAAUCUAUACAACUGUGGUAAAGUAUGCUUGAGUCUUCUCGGUACCUGGAAUGGUAACGCUAGGGAGCAAUGGCUACCACAGGAGUCCACAAUGUUACAGCUUCUCGUCUCAAUCCAAGCACUCAUCUUGAAUCAAAAGCCUUACUUUAACGAACCUGCCUACGGGAGGACCAAGGGGACUCCAUCAGGCGAGGCUCAUUCCAAAUUUUACAGUGAGAACGUAUACGUUUUGUCGUUGAGGACAAUGGUUUACAGCAUGAGAAAACCACCCAAGCACUUUGAAGAGUUUGUUCGUAGCCAUUACUUUGAGCGGGCUCACGAUAUAGUGAAAGCGAGCAAUGCUUAUAUAGAUGGAGCUCCUGUUGGUUCUAUAGUUAAAGGCGGUGUUCAAGACAUUGAAGAAAGUAGCGAGAGUGGGUCCAUGAAGUUUAGGACCGAAGUGGCUACCUUUAUGAAGACAGUUGUGGAAGAGUUGGUUAAGUUAGGAGUGAAGGAGCUCGACGAUAAACUGAAACCACCACCUAACGCAGAGAGCAGUAACAAGUCAAACUGUAAGAGAAGCAGAUCAUCGAGGUUGAGUCUUUAUAUUUAUUGUUUUGUUGUUGUUGGUUAUUUGGUGGUAACAUCAAAAAACUUCUCUCGAAUAUUGGACGCUACCUCUCAUCUAACACGGACGGAGUAGAGAA